UAUGUGGUGUAUGAAAACAGAAUGACCUCAUCGUAUGAAGUGGGGAUUGGACCAUAUGGUUCCAUCACAAGGGACAGUCAUUUUGAGUUUCUCUUCCAGUGUAGAUAUUCGGGAACUUCCGUGGAAGCUCUGGUUGUGGAGGUCAACUCUGUUCCUCCACCUCCACCAGUAGCUGCUCCUGGACCUCUCAGGGUGGAGCUCAGACUGGCCAAUGGCCAAUGUGUCACCAAAGGCUGUGCUGAAGGGGAUGAGGCCUACACGUCCUACUACAGUGACGCUGAUUAUCCCAUCACAAAAGUCCUGCGAGAGCCUGUUUAUGUUGAGGUGCACAUUAUGGAGAGGACUGACCCCAACAUUGUCCUGAUGCUGGGACGUUGUUGGACUACUUCAACCCCCAGUCCACUCAGUCUCCCCCAGUGGGACCUUCUGAUCGACGGAUGCCCUUACCAGGACGACCGCUAUCUGACCACACUGGUUCCAGUGACUGGAUCGUCUGGUCUUCAGUUCCCAACCCACUACAAGCGCUUUGCUGUGAAGAUGUUCACAUUUGUAGAUCCAGCCUCACUGGCUGCUCUGCAGGAAACCAUCUUCAUCCACUGCAGUACAGAGGUGUGCCAUCCAUCAUCUGGCUCUUGUGAGCAAAGCUGCACCAGGAAACGAAGAGACACUCGUAUCAAGGCUGUCUCUGGGGAGCAGACUGUGGUUUCUAGUGGAGAAGUUACUCUGGUCAUGUAAAUCUAGUGUUUUUAAUAAACCGUGCAGAACCCU